AGCCGCUCUGCCCCCACAGCCUCGGGGUCCCCCCCGCAUCGCGGCCGCUCCCCAGGGUCCACAGGCAGCCUCCUCGCCCCGCGGCCCGCCCCGGCGCUCGCGCGGCGGGCGCCAUGAGCGGCGGCGCCGAGGCGCGCGAGGCGGAGGGCUCCAUCGCGUCGGGCUCCCGACGCCGCGCCUGCUGGGAGGCGCGGGACGCCUUCUUCGCCUGCGUGGACGCGGGCCGGGCCGACCACGCGGCGCGCUGCGAGCAGGAGCUCGGGGCCUUCGAGGCCCGGUGCCCCCCGUCGUGGGUGAAGCACUUCAUGCUAGGGGCCUGGUUGCGCCCACGGGCACGAAGCGGUAGCGGCGAGGCCGCGGGCCUGGUGCCGAUGGGCGAAGGGCCGGGGCCGGGGGCAGCGUGCGCCGGAGGCAGCUCCCUGUGGCGGCGCGCGCAGGCGGGGGCGGCGCCGCGUGGCGCGCCAGAUGCACCAUGGCUGCGGGCCAGGGCGGCAGCGCGCUGCGUGGCUGCUGCCUGGCCGAGCGCGGCACCGAAA